AAAACACCUCCAUAGAAGGCAGCGGGGAGCAGCGCCCGCAGCAGCGCCCGCACCGCCGCGCAGGGGCCGCGGGGCCCGACCCAAACUUUGGGCGCAGCGCGGCGCGGCGGCGGCCCGGCCGGCCCGGCGGUGGAUGCGGCUUUGUGGGCCGGCUCGCUGAGCCUGCAGCCGCCGCAAGAUGCCCGCCGCGCUGCCCAGCCUGCUGGCCUGGCUGGCGGUGCUGCUGCUCGGCAGGGCCCGCCCGGCCGACGCCUGCAGCUGCUCGCCCAUCCACCCGCAACAGGCUUUCUGCAACGCCGACGUAGUGAUCCGUGCCAAGGCCGUCUCUGCCAAGGAGGUGGAUUCGGGGAAUGACAUCUACGGCAACCCCAUCAAGCGGAUCCAGUACGAGAUCAAGCAGAUCAAGAUGUUUAAGGGCCCCGACCAGGACAUCGAGUUCAUCUACACGGCGCCGUCGACGGCCGUGUGCGGGCGGCCGCUGGACACGAGCGGCAAGAAGGAGUAUCUCAUUGCAGGCAAGUCGGAGGGCAACGGCAGGAUGCACAUCACGCUCUGCGACCUGGUCUCCACCUGGGACUCGCUGAGCCCCACGCAGAAGAAGAGCCUCAACCAGCGGUACCAGAUGGGCUGCGAGUGCAAGAUCUCGCGCUGCCUCUCCAUCCCCUGCUUCGUGUCCUCCUCGGACGAGUGCCUCUGGACGGACUGGGCCAUGGAGAAGAACAACGUGGACGGGCGGCAGGCGAAGCACUACGCGUGCAUGUGCCUCCGCACCAGGCUUGGAGAUGUCGCGCUGCACCAGUCUGGGCAACUCCCGCGUGCUGCAGAAACACGCGAAAGAAGGAAAAAAAAUCAAAAAAAAAAAAAAAAAAAACCAASCCSCCCUCUACUCGGUCCCAUGUAAGACUCCCGUUCGCUUCCUGUAUGGUUAUAUCAUAGUAACACUUACUGCCGUCUCCGCUGGUAGUCUGUCCUUGAGUUUAAUAUUUCCAUUUGUUUUGCCAUCAGCUGUAUCAUUCCUGUGCUGUAAUUUUCUUUGUUAAUUUUAUUCCCUCGUUAGGUGUUAGAAUUGCACUUGUUUUGUAAAGGGUUUCCGCGCCCAGAAGGCUGCGAGCGCGCCCGGGUCGCCCCCCCGGCGCGUCCCAGCAGCAGGUCCGUUGGUGUCCGUCCCCCGUCCGCCCCCACGCAGGUCCCCGGACGCCUGGGCCCCGCGCCGGACCUGCCGCUUCUGCUCUGGAAAGGAGAUGAAGGAUUCGUGAUUGGCUUUUGUUUUUUUAAUUUAUAUCCCCCUGGUUCUCGGCUCCGCUCGCUUCCUUCCUGACUCCGUUCCCCUCUCCGUGCAAGCAGUGCAGAGCGUUCGGAAAAAAAGAAAAAAAAGGAAAGGAAAGAAAAAAGUUUACAGGAUAGUUAUUUUCAGAUCUUUGCUUGAUAAGUAUUAAAGUAAGAAAUAUCUAACUUGCUGCCAUAAUUUAAAGCUUUGGGGGGUGUUUGGGGUUUUUGAGCAAUAUGUUUUUGCUGGAAUCUGAAGUCUGAGACCUUCUUGUGCUGGAACCACAUGGACGUUGUUGAUCCUGACAAGCAGACUGUGCAUGUCUUUGAUGCUCUGUAUAAUUCAUACGUGGACGUUCAGUCUUUGGACAAUAAACUGUAUUAUCAAACCGAA